UAGUCAACACUAGCCAGGCCAGCAUUUUUUUUUACCACAAAAAAACUAGAAAACUUUCUUGUUUUUGUCUAUUUAAUUGAAUAAAACGACGGCAGGAUGGACGUGCGACCCAACCAGACCAUAUACAUCAACAACCUGAACGAGAAGAUCAAGAAGGAGGAGCUGAAGAAGUCCCUCUACGCGAUUUUCUCGCAGUUCGGCCAAAUCCUGGACAUUGUGGCACUAAAAACCCUGAAAAUGCGCGGCCAGGCAUUUGUGAUCUUCAAGGAAAUCGGGAGCGCCUCGAAUGCCCUGCGCACCAUGCAGGGAUUCCCCUUCUACGACAAGCCCAUGCAGAUCGCCUACUCCAAGUCCGAUUCGGAUAUUGUGGCCAAGCUGAAGGGAACCUUCAAGGAGCGCCCCAAGAAGAUCAAGCCACCAAAACCGGCGCCGGGUGCCGAGGAAAAGAAGGACAAGAAAAAGAAGCCUUCGAGCGCGGAGAACUCGAACCCGAACACACAAACGGAGCAGCCGCCCAACCAGAUCCUUUUCCUUACCAAUCUGCCCGAGGAGACCAACGAGAUGAUGCUGUCCAUGUUGUUCAACCAGUUCCCUGGCUUCAAGGAGGUCCGUCUCGUGCCGAACCGUCACGACAUCGCCUUCGUGGAGUUUACCACGGAGCUGCAAAGUAAUGCCGCCAAGGAGGCGCUGCAGGGCUUCAAGAUCACGCCGACGCACGCCAUGAAGAUUACUUUCGCCAAGAAGUGAGCUCAGCACAUACACAGACUAGGUGUAAAUGCAAACGUCGCUCGCUGGGUGUUCAAGCAACUCCAUUUAUAAUUUAAAGUAUAGAAUAAAUAUAUACCUAAACAGAUAUUGAGA